UCUAAGUCAUGUUAUAUGAAUGUGACGGUCUAUUCAUCUGAUGCAAUCCUCUUACAGUUUUUCAAGAUAAGUGAGGAAGUAGUAAUUGAUGCCACAAAUAAAGGGAACAUAGGCCGCUUGAUCAAUCACUCGUGUAUGCCCAGCUGUUACGCAAGAAUAAUGAGCACGGGUGAAGAAGAUAGCCGAAUAGUUCUUGUAGCUAAAAUUGAUGUUUCAGCUGGUGAAGAAUUAACGUACGAUUACUUGUUUGAAUCUGACGGGCACGAUGAAGUUAAAGUUCCGUGCUUAUGUGGAGCUCCAAACUGCCGGAAAUUCUUGAACUAAUGCAUACCAAUUUUUUUGCAAGGAACACAACUAAAGAUGAGAAUUUUGUUGAUUUUCCUUAAGUGCAAUUUUCAGUUGCAAAUAAGUGUAAUUUGACCGGCCCAAUAGUAAAUCUUUUUUUGUAAUUUGUGGCAAAGAAGGCAUGUUCUGUUUUGGGGCGCUGGAGUAAUGUUUCACCAGCUUAUAAGGCAUGUUCUCUCAUAUAUCUACAUUUUUUUAUUAUGUUACACCA